CAGAGAGUGAGAGAGAGAGAUAGAAACAAUAAAUAAUGAAUAGCCCACACCUGCUAAUAACAGCCACAGUGCAGUUUAAUACAGCAGAAUGUUUUGUGUAGAGUUUGGGUUUGUUCAGUAGUAAUUCUGGUUUUAUGGGUUUUGUUAGAGAGUCGCUCCUCCUCCUCAGAAAACUAAUGAUGUCACAACACAGCCCUGCUGCUAUCAGUUCUCCCGCUGAGCUGAAUGGAGGCAGAGUGUUUGGAGGAGCUGGAAACUGUGGGAAGAUGUUAACGGUGGAAGUUGAGGGAGUUGAUGAGAAGCCGUUUAGAGACAGACCGAAACACCUGUCUCACUCUAUAGAGGACAUCCUGAGGAGACCGGCCGGUUUACCUGGACAGAAGCUUUCAGUUUAUCCUCAGACUCCUGCUGACAGGGAGGAACCCACCUCCACACAGCGCACAGUUUGUCGAUCGAGUCAUCGGAGGGUCAGAACCACGUUCACAGUGUCUCAGCUGGAGGAGCUGGAGCGAGUUUUUCAGGACACUCAGUAUCCCGACGUGAACACGCGAGACCUGCUGGCUACAAGAACCCAACUUUCUGAAGGAAAAGUUCAGAUUUGGUUCCAGAACAGGAGAGCGAAGUGGAGACGAACUGAAGCCAGAGGAGGAAAUGUGGGACAUCUGCAACCAAACAAGAGCAAAUGUGUUCAUCUUCUCACGCCUCCACUCUUCUUCACUCCUGUUCAGAACUUUGCUUUACAGGAGCAACCUCAUCCACCUGUCUCACUCUAUCCUUCCAUUCUUCUGUACGACAGCAGCUCCCAAAAACUCCACCCGUACACUGAACUCCAGCAGAUCCAGACACCAUGUCUCCCCUGGCUUCCCUGUCUCACACCUCCACCAUUACAUAAAGCUACAUCCUGAGGAUCUGUCUGUCUGGAUUUAUUUCAUUAUGUUUUUAUGUUACUCUAUGUUUAAUUUAAAUAUCAGAAUAAAUGUCUUAUAAAUGUACAAAGCCAAGUCUGUAACUAUUUGUGACGUGUUAAACUCAGCGGAAUUUCAUGUUUUUCUGGAGGAAUUUUAGCCUCUGAGAUGUGAGCUCUGAUUGGCCAAUAAAAAGGCUGAUAGUGCAGCAGUUAGUGAGUUCGUGCAGCAAUCUUAGUGUCGUCUGUCCACAAGACACUUUUCACAUUAUGGAGUGUUAGAGGUUUGUUCUCCAGAAACACUCUGCUCAUUCAGGGUUUAAGAACAGUAAACUCAUGAAUACAGAUGUUAAUCUGUACCAGUAAAUCUUUAUCUGUAACUCUGGGUUGUUCUUUAUUUCACUGGUGAGUCUUUCUGUUGUUAUAUUGGGGUCAUUUUGACUGGGAGACACUUCUUGGCAAAUGAACCACCGUCCACAAGUAUGAUUAAAAUUAAUAUUAGGUAUGAUUAAAAUGAAAACUCCAAAAUAAGCUCAUGUUUGGGGGAAUUGAUGCAACAUUAUUUUCUGAAUAUACGACUAUAUUUAUAAGCUGUGCUGCCAACAUCUAUUUCUUUAUUUACAGAAUGUGUUAAACUUUUUUACAGUCCCCUGUAAUGUUAAAUAGAAAGUCUGCAUGUUAACGUUAUGUGUGCAGUGUGUUCAUGUGUUUUAAAUGCAAUAAAAAAAACUGCAUAUGACCACAAAUUA